UCACCAAAUCAGUACUUUUCGUACCAGCGCCGUUAAAACACAUGUUCAGCGACUUUAUGCGGGAGUGCAAACUAAUCUGGAAGAGCAACAACCAUAGCAACAGCAACAGCAACAACAGCAAAAACAACAGCAUCAUCAUCAAAAGCAACAGCAGCAGAAAAUUUUAACACGUUGACGGUUUUUUCUAGUGUUUAUCGCGAGCGGAAAAGCUUAAUUAGCGCGUACUAGCGAGACCCCGAAAUCUUUUUCUCCUCUUGGUCUUUGCGUCUUUGAGUGUGCGUGCCAAAAUUUAAAUACGUCAUCGACGCGCGCAGCCUUAAAACAUCAAAAAAAAACCGAUACACAUACAUACAAGCGGAAUAUAGAAUUCAAUUGCAGGAGCAACAAAUAAGUCCAACAAAUUGAGGAAAAAGUUCCAUAACACAAAACACCACACAGCAGCAAUUUGAAUUAAUUAACUUGUUAUUGUGUAGUAGCAUUUCUGCCUUUUGCCAUUCACCUCGAAGCGCAGGCACACAAAAGAACGUGCAAAACAGCUGAGACAGCGACUCAAACUGAGAGUAACGGAACGUCAAGCAACAAGUGCAGCGAUAGCAGCAGCAGCAGCAGCAGCAACAACAACAGCAGCAGCGACACAAAGCCCUUUCAAUUGAAAGAGAGAGAAAGCGUGUAGAUGUGUGCACUCCAAUAAAAAUACGAGUACAAACACUUUGUUGUUGCCACAAUCAAUUAGAGUGAUAGCAGAGCGGCAGAGGCGCAGGCAGCGCAGCAGCAGCAUCCGCAUCAAUUUGCUGGCAGGCAGAGCACAUCAGCAUCAGCAUCUUCGGGUCGGCUUAAUUCCGAAAAGUGUCACUGUGAGCGUAGUUGCUCCGUUGCUCCCGUUCCGCCUCCGUAAUCGCAACCGCUUGUUGUUAUUGCCGGACUCGUCCGCCGAUCCGCGAUCUGGGAUCUUUCGUUGUAUUUGUAGCAGCGCCGUCGUCUUGAUUGGAACGCUCCGUAUUUUUUCGUAAUUUUUUUUCCGAUUCCGAACCGAAACUGUGGUGUAUCCGUAGUUUCCCGCUAACGGCGAAAAUUCACACAACUCAUUGAUAUUUUAACCUCGUGUCCGCGUUGGCUGCCGCUCGACCAAGGUUCUGCCGCACAAAAUGCUCGUCUCUUUGGGCUUUUCGAAGCCUGGCUUCGUCGGACUAAAAGUGCUCCUCUAGCACGCUGAAAGCACAAGUCCGGCCACAAAAAAAACAACAAAAUCUAAAACAAUAUAUAUAACCCAUUGAAUUGGCAGCCAAAGUUAUCACCACCCACCGUAUACACCGUUAUCGUUAUCGCGAAAACAGAAUCCACAGAUAAAAACGUUCCGUUUCGUUUCGUCGUAAAUACAGUGCUAAAUCGUGUGAAGCAAACAAAAACUCCCUAAUUCGCCUAAUGAAAGCCGAGAGCCUUUUUUGUGAAUAAUUAGCCCCGAAAAAACCUGUUCGCGGCCGCAAAAAAUUAGGCCCCCAUAAAAAAAGUGACGAUCCAAGAAACUGGCAUCUCGCCCGCCUGAUAUAUAACACCCCAACACACACUCGCAAAGCCCGCGAUAACACCCAUACUAAAAAAAGAGCGAAAAUCCAAUCCAGCGAAUCAACUUCACAGUAACGUCGCAAACUCAGUGCAAGCCAGAGCUAAAUCGUCGAGCAAACCGAGUAGUUGUGUCUAAAACCGUUGGUCCCCCAAUCGUUGAAUCUAAAAGCUUCAAGUUAAACCCAAAAACACCCCCACAAUCUCGCCAUCAGUGAUCAUUAUCCAGCGCCAAUAACUGCGGAAUAAUGUCAGCCUUCUGACAGUGUCUAAACAGAGGAAUAAGGAAGCAGAAAGUUACAUAACCAACGUUGAAAAUACCAAUUUUUUUGGAAGCGAAACCCCACAAGUGUCCCAUAGCUUUAACUGCUAAUUGGAAUGUCGCAUAUCUGACAGUGACUAAAUAAACACCGAAAAGCAACCCCCGAAAUAAAUCCAAAAUCCAAAAAGAACUCAAGCAGAGAAAUAACUUAAAAAGCGUGGUAAGCGAAUCGCCCAGGAAAACAACCGAGAAGCCUGUGUUAUCAGUGAAUAUUCACAUAUAUAGACAUUCGAUUCCAGCGUAAACAACUGCUAUAUAAUGUCCGUCGCCAUCUGACAGUGGUCCAAACAACCAGCAACCAGAGCUAAAGAAUCGCCGUAGCUAAGUCGACAAGUUUCACUAGAUCGAGUGAGACCUGUACCGUAGAACCAAUCCAAAACAUUUGAACCUUGCAACCCGGGCAAACCGAUUCAGAGUAAAUGGAGAAAUCUGAAAUACGACUGCAUCGCAUGUCAAAUGAAUAUCAGUCGCAAUCGAGCUAUAUGUAUCUCCGGACCAAGAUGCUGUUAAAAAUCGAAAACACCCUACUUCGAAGCCAUCGUCAGCGCGAGACCACCGGUAUCAAGAAACUAUACAAUUCGUUUUUCGUAUUGUUUUAACUUGCCC